GCCCGGCCUCCGCGGCGUUCGUGGCGGUUGCAGCGGCGACGAAGACAACGACAGCGACGGCAACACCGAGGCACUCAUUCAGGGGGUAAACCCUCCUGCGCCGAUCGUGCCUCGGGUCCGUGAGGGUGAGGGGGGCGUGGCGACAGGCGAGGAGGAAGGAGGGGCGCGGUUUCGAGCCUCGUCCCCGGUGCUUGGGAGGAGACCCCUCAGUUCUGCGCUGCUCCCGCCCCCCCUCCCCAGAGCAAGAUCCAGGAUGAGAAGACUGAUAAAAGAAGAAGCUAGCUGAACAGCUAUAAGAUGCCCAAAUCUGGGUUCACAAAACCAGUUCAGAGUGAAAAUUCUGACAGUGACAGCAAUAUGGUAGAAAAACCAUACGGAAGAAAGAGUAAAGACAAGAUUGCAUCAUAUAGUAAAACUCCAAAAAUUGACCGAAGUGAUGUGGGCAAGGAGAUGAAAGAGAAAUCAUCCAUGAAACGUAAACUUCCUUUUACCAUUAGCCCAUCAAGAAAUGAAGAACGAGAUUCAGACACAGAUUCAGAUCCAGGACAUACAAGUGAAAAUUGGGGGGAGAGACUUAUAUCUUCUUACAGGACAUACUCAGAGAAAGAAGGUCCAGAAAAGAAGAAAACAAAAAAGGAAGCUGGAAAUAAGAAGUCCACACCAGUUAGCAUUCUUUUUGGUUAUCCACUCUCUGAGAGGAAGCAGAUGGCACUUCUUAUGCAGAUGACAGCAAGAGACAACAGUCCAGAUUCCACACCAAAUCAUCCAUCACAAACAACACCAGCCCAGAAGAAAACUCCCAGUUCCUCAUCUCGACAAAAAGAUAAAGUUAAUAAAAGAAAUGAACGUGGUGAAACUCCUUUACACAUGGCAGCUAUUCGAGGAGAUGUGAAACAAGUCAAAGAAUUAAUAAGUUUAGGGGCAAAUGUGAACGUGAAAGAUUUUGCAGGCUGGACACCAUUGCAUGAAGCUUGCAACGUUGGAUAUUAUGAUGUUGCUAAGAUACUUAUAGCAGCUGGAGCAGAUGUUAACACCCAAGGAUUAGAUGAUGACACUCCACUCCAUGAUUCUGCUAGCAGUGGGCAUAGAGAUAUAGUGAAACUGUUACUUCGUCAUGGUGGAAAUCCAUUUCAAGCCAAUAAGCACGGGGAGCGUCCAGUGGAUGUAGCAGAGACAGAGGAGUUGGAAUUGCUGCUAAAAAGAGAGGUGCCUUUAUCUGAUGAUGAUGAAAGUUACACAGAUUCUGAAGAGGCUCGGUCUGUAAAUCCUUCCAGUGUUGAUGAAAAUAUUGACUCUGAGACAGAGAAAGACUCUCUCAUCUGUGAAAGUAAACAGAUAAUUCCCAGUAAAGCACCUCUUCCAUCUGCUCUUGAUGAAUAUGAGUUCAAAGAUGAUGAUGAUGAAGAAAUAAAUAAAAUGAUUGAUGACAGACAUAUUCUUAGGAAAGAGAUACGAAAAGAGAAUGAAGCUGAAGUAGAAAAGAAUAGUUUAUUUACCAAACAGGAGAAAGCUUUCUAUCCUAAAUCAUUUAAAAGUAAAAAACAAAAGCCAUCGAGAGUUUUGUAUUCAAGUUCUGAAAGUUCAGAUGAAGAAAUUCUUCAGAAUAAAAAGGUUUCUGCUCCAUGUUCUGUCCCUGAAACGUCAAAUUCUGAUACACAAACCAAAAAGGAAUAUGGAGUUUCAAAUGAACACAAACAGAAAGGCAAAGCUAAAAGAAAAUUAAAGAACCAGAACAAAAAUAAAGAGAACCAAGAGCUGAAGCAUGAAAAAGAGGGGAAAGAAAAUACCAGAUUAACAAACUUGACAGUUAAUACUGCACUAGAUUGCUCAGAAAAGACCAGAGAGGAGGGGAAUUUUAGAAAAUCUUUUAGCCCGAAAGAUGAUACUUCGUUACAUUUAUUUCAUAUCUCCACAGGUAAAUCUCCCAAACAUUCUUGUGGACUAAGUGAAAAGCAGUCAGCACCACUAAAACAAGAACAUACUAAAACAUGUUUGUCACCAGGAAGUUCUGAAAUGUCUUUACAGCCUGAUCUUGUUCGGUAUGAUAAUACAGAAUCUGAAUUCUUGCCAGAAAGUUCAAGUGUAAAAUCUUGUAAGCAUAAGGAAAAAAAUAAACAUCAGAAAGAUUUCCACUUAGAAUUUGGUGAAAAGUCAAAUGCCAAAGUAAAGGAUGAAGAUCAUAGUCCAACAUUUGAAAAUUCAGAUUGCACACUGAAAAAAAUGGAUAAAGAGGGUAAAACAUUAAAAAAGCAUAAAUUGAAACAUAAAGAGAGGGAAAAAGAAAAGCAUAAAAAAGAGAUUGAAGGUGAAAAGGAAAAGUACAAAAAUAGAGAUAGUGCUAAAGAGUUGCAGCGGAGUGUAGAAUUUGAUAGAGAAUUUUGGAAAGAGAAUUUUUUUAAAAGUGAUGAGACUGAAGAUCUGUUUUUAAAUAUGGAGCAUGAGUCCCUAACAGAAAAAAAAUCAAAAUUGGAAAAAAACAUAAAAGAAGAUAAAUCAACCAAGGAAAAACAUGUUUCAAAAGAGAGGAAUUUUAAGGAAGAACGAGAGAAGAUUAAAAAGGAAAGUGAGAAAUCUUUCAGGGAAGAAAAAACAAAAGAUUUAAAAGAAGAAAGAGAGAACAUACCCAUAGAUAAAGAAACAGAAUGCAGUUCUUUAGGAACAAAUGCCAGUGAAGAAUCUACAGGGUUACAUUCAAUGGAAAAGGAAAUAGAGAUGGAAAAACAAGAAAAGCAUAUAAAAGAAAAUAAGGAAAAAUCUGAGAGGCGGUUUCAGACUAAAGAAAAGGAUGUUGAGAAGACUGAAAGAAAAAAUGCUGAAAAAGAAAAGAAGACCAAACAUGAGCAUAAAUCAGAGAAAGACAAGUUAGAUCUUAGUGACUGUGUUGACAGAAUAAAAGAAAAAGACAGGUUGUAUUCACAUCACUCUGAGCGUUGCCACAAAGAAGGAGAGAAGAUAAAAAAUAUCACCACUGUGAAAAAAAUUGAUGAUAGAGAGAAAAGUAGAGAAAAGAUGGAUAGAAAACAUGACAAAGAAAAACCUGAAAAAGAGAGGCAUUUAGCAGAAAACAAAGAAAAGCACUUGAUAGAAAAAAAAAACAAACAAGCAGACAAUAGUGACUAUACUAAAUCAGAAAAGAGCAAAAAUAAAGAAAAAGACAGGGAGGUAGAUAAAAAGGAAAAAUCGAGAGAUAAAGAAGGUGUAAAUAUAACUAACUCCAAACACUUCCAGGAGGAGAAGAAGUCAAGUAUAGCAGACAGUAGUAAAGCACAACAUGAGAAAACUUUAUCCCUUAAAGAAAAAACAAAAGAUGAACCUUUGAAAACGCCAGAUGGAAAAGAAAAAGAUAAAAAAGAUAAAGACAUAGACAGAUACAAAGAAAGAGACAAGCAUAAGGAUAAAAUUCAACUAAAUAGUUUACUCAAAGUAAAAUCUGAAGCAGAUAAGCCUAAACUUAAGUCAUCACCAGCAUCAAAAGAUACUCGACCUAAAGAAAAGAGGUUAGUGAAUGAUGAUUUAAUGCAGACAAGUUUUGAACGAAUGCUAAGCCUUAAAGACCUAGAAAUAGAGCAGUGGCACAAAAAACACAAGGAAAAAAUUAAGCAAAAAGAAAAGGAGCGGUUGAGAAAUCGGAAUUGUUUAGAACUUAAAGUGAAAGAUAAAGAAAAAACAAAGCAUUCGCUAGCUGAGUCCAAAAAUAAAGAACUUACUAGGUCAAAGAGUUCAGAGUUGACUGAUGGUUAUACCAAGGAGAAACAGUCUAAAGAUGUUGUAAGUAACAGAUCACAAUCUGUUGAUGCCAAAAAUAUAACAAAUGUAGGGAAGUCAUCUUUUGUUUCAGAUAAUAGCUUAAACAGAUCUCCUAGAUCCGAAAGUGAAAAGCCAGGUCUCAGCUCCAGAUCUGUAUCCAUGAUUUCGGUUGCUAGCUCAGAAGAUUCCUGCCUUACCACAGUGACAACCCCCAGGCCUCCAGUUGAAUAUGACUCUGACUUUAUGUUAGAGGGCUCAGAUUCCCAAAUGUCCUUUUCCCAGUCACCGUUUUUGCCAGUUGCCAAAUCUCCUGCCCUUCAUGAAAGGGAAUUAGAUAGUUUGGCUGAACUUCCAGAGCGGAUUAAACCACCAUAUACAAGCCGACUUCCAACAUCCCAUCUCCGAUCAUCUUCUGUAGAAGAUGUUAAACUAGUUAUAAAUGAGGGGAGACCAACUGUAGAAGUUCGAAGAUGUAGUAUGCCAUCUGUCAUUUGUGAACAUACAAAACAAUUCCAAACAGUAUCAGAAGAAAGCAGUCAAGGUGGCUUAGCUGUGCCAAGAGAUACUUGUCUUUCUCCCAAAUCUGAGGUGCCCUCAAGUGUGCCUGAGAGAGAACUUUCAAAUGUGUCUAACAUUCAUUCCAGUUUUGCUGCCUCUCCAACUAGAUCUGUAAGCAGCAAAUACAUUUCAGCUGAUAUAAAUGUUAUCAAGAGUACUGCUCCAGUGGGCACUUUAAUGGACAGUCCUGUGCAUUUAGAGCAAUCUAAUCAGGUUGGUGUGAUCCAAAAUAAAUCAUGGGAGGUGCCUAAUGACGGACUGGAGUCAUUAAGCACCAGUGACUUGAGCUGCCCAAAUUCUAGUGCACCUGAUCAAGAUUCUUCUGUUCAGGGUUUUUGUAAUUCUGAAAACAAAAUACUAAAAGAACAGAACACAGAUUUUUUAUCCCUGAACCAGACUCAACUACCAGGAAACUCUUGUGCUCAGGACCCUGUGUCCUUUCUGCCUUCACAGCAACCUUGUUCUUUCCACAGCCAAUCACUUUCAGAUGCUGAAUCUGUUUCUAGACAUAUGUCUGUAUCAUAUGUUGCCAAUCAAGAGCUGGGUAUUACACAACAGAAAAAUGCCGUUCAAAUUAUGAAUUCUGUUUUAGAUACUGAUAAUGAAUCUACGAAAGAAAUGGAAAAUACUUUUGUCCUAACAGAUGUCAGAAAGACAGAUGCCUUUGUCCCAGUGUACUCUGAAAGCACUGUUCAAGAAGCAUCACCAAAUUUUGAAAAGGCUAAUACUUUGUCUGUAUUACCACCAGAAAAAGACUUUAGUGGAAGUGAUGCUUCUUCCCAGCUAAAUACACAUUACACAUUUAGCAAACUAAUGUAUAAGUCUUCCAGUGGCCAUGAGGUUGAAAGUAGCACUUCUGAUAUUCAGGUUAUUUCACAUGAUAAAGAAAACAAACUGGAGAGUUUGGUCUUAACUCACCUGAAUGAUAAAUGUGAUUCUGAUUUAUGUGAAAUGAGUACAGGGAUGCCAAAAGGAAACCUAAAUGAACAAGAUAAUCCAAAACAUUGCCCUGAAGGUGAAAAGUGUUUGCUUUCCAUGGAGGAUGAAGAAUCACAACAAAGCACUUUAUCAAGUCUGGAAAACCAUUUACAACAACCGGCCCAACCAGAGAUGCAUAAAUAUGGUCAAAUAGGUAAAGUAGAAUUAGAAGAAAAUGCUGACGACGAUAAAACUGAAAAUCAGAUCCCGCAAAGGAUGACUAGAAACAAAGCAAAUACAGUGGCAAAUCAGAGCAAACAGAUUCUUGCUAGCUGUACACUAUUCUCAGAAAAAGACAAUGAAUCUUCAUCUCCUAGAGGAAGAAUAAGGUUGACUGAAGAAGAUGACCCCCAGAUUCACCACCCACGGAAAAGGAAAGUGUCACGUGUACCACAGCCUGUGCAAGUGAGUCCCUCUUUACUGCAAGCAAAAGAGAAAACUCAGCAGUCUCUGGCAGCCAUUGUAGACUCUCUGAAACUAGAUGAGAUUCAGCCAUACAGUUCAGAGAGAGCGAAUCCGUAUUUUGAAUACUUGCACAUACGGAAAAAAAUUGAAGAAAAGCGCAAACUGUUGUGUAGUGUUAUUCCUCAAGCACCUCAGUAUUAUGAUGAGUAUGUGACAUUUAAUGGAUCCUAUCUCCUGGAUGGAAACCCCUUAAGCAAGAUUUGCAUUCCCACAAUUACACCACCACCUUCACUGUCAGAUCCACUUAAAGAGCUUUUUCGGCAACAAGAAGUUGUAAGAAUGAAACUACGUUUGCAACACAGUAUUGAAAGGGAAAAACUCAUUGUAUCCAAUGAACAGGAAGUUCUACGAGUUCAUUACAGAGCUGCAAGAACAUUGGCAAAUCAAACACUGCCAUUUAGCGCGUGCACUGUGUUACUGGACGCGGAAGUGUACAGUGUGCCUCUGGAUGCUCAGUCUGAUGACAGUAAAACUUCUGUGAGGGAUCGCUUUAAUGCAAGACAAUUCAUGUCUUGGUUACAAGAUGUGGAUGAUAAAUUUGACAAAUUAAAGACCUGUCUUUUAAUGAGACAGCAACAUGAAGCUGCAGCUUUAAAUGCCGUCCAGAGAUUAGAAUGGCAGCUCAAACUCCAGGAACUUGAUCCUGCCACCUAUAAAUCUAUCAGCAUUUAUGAAAUCCAGGAGUUUUAUGUUCCCCUUGUUGAUGUUAAUGAUGACUUUGAAUUAACUCCCAUAUAAUAGCAGCCAUUCCUUCUGGUGGUGUCGUCUUAAACUCAUGUGGCUCAAGAGUAUUAAACUGUGGAACACUGCCUUUUGAGAAAAAUACUGAUAUUAUGCCUUUACAUUGUUAGUAAAGUUUGACUAAAGUUGGUUAUGUAUGUAGUAAACACUGUCAUUUUAUAAAGAAUGAAAAGAGAAUUAUUUUGGAUCCUAGAUCCAAACAGUUUCUAACUGAAAUCUAUUAUUUAUAUUGGUGAGAGGUAACUAUUACAUUGGAGCAUGUUGGCAGACCGUGGUAGAUAUUUCAAAAGCUGAGAAUCUGCUAACAGCACUGGAAGUUGUUAGUGCUCCUAAGUAACAAGAUAACCACUAGUAUUCAAAUCUUUAAAGUUUUAUUAAAAUAUAUUGGUAAGCUAAAAGGUUCAAUUCCUACCAAAUAGUUUCUAAUGUGAAAGAAAAACUUGGCACAAAAUUUCUUCAGUUUAUUUUAUCUGUAAAUUAAUUGUACAGUUUUCUUUUCAAAAGUUUUAAUAUUGUCUUCCUUUUUAAUAACUUAUUUUAUACAUAUUGUGCAGAUGUAAAUCUUGUAAUUAAUGGUCAAAAUGUAUACAAAGGGAUUGGUAGUCAAAACAUGUACAAAGAAAUAAUUGUAAAGCUGUUGUGUCUAAUGUUCUAUUGGACCAAAGUUGUCGUUUGUAUGGAGUGUAGUAGUAAUGUGUUCAAGUAGCAAAACUUUUAAAUAAGGCCUGCAUGUGUUUGAGUUAGCUUGUUUUCAUCACCAUAACUGUAAAGGUUGUGACUUAGUUGUACUGCAUGCUUCCUACAGUUUAACUCUCUCCAUAAGCAAUGCCUAAAGUAGUGUAGGGUGUUUCAUGCCAGUCUCCUGGGAUAGUACUUAUGACUCACUAUGUUGGACACAUUAUUUAGAAUUAGUCAUGCAAAGAAACAGCUCUUUUUUCAUCUCACACAGUAGAACCCAUUCCCCCUCCCAAAAUGCCUUUGAAUGAAAAUUCUGAAAUUGUAAAUGUCUAUUUUAAUACUCAAGUAUGAAAGAAUCUGUGAAUAUAUGUAAAUAUGUUUAAUAAAUUUUAUUGGUCAUGUUAAA